AAAAGAAUCAAGCCGGCUCCCCUCCUGCUGCUCCCCGCCUCAUCCCAGGAAGUGUACACUCGCACUCGGCCGACAGACGCCAGCGACUAGCCGCAUUGCUGGGUGUUUGCCGCACAUUAUUAAGCAGCCAUCAGCACAGUGCGCACACACACACAUAUAAACACACACAUAUAAACACACAAGCCUCUGCUGUCCCGACACCAGACAGACACAAGCAUGUCCGGCGAGGAGCUCAGAUCGGAUGGGAAAUGGUUCGGCGACGACUACGACAGGAUGCUUGGGAACACGGCGACGCGGUUCGACGAGCUACGUGACGAGCUGAAGUCGAGAGGAGGCGAGGCUGCUGACGACCUGGAUCAACAAUUUCAUCCGUACCAUGACGGGAAAGACGGGAAAAGGCCCCCCGUUGCUAUGGAAACUGCAUCCACAGAUGACACCAUGUCAGGCCUGUUUAGGAACCCUAUGAAUGACGACGGUGACGUGUACACCUCACUGCUGUCCAAUCAAAGCUUCACAUCAGGUCGAGAAUCUUCAUACCUGUUUGACAACAAAAAGCCCUCCUCUGGUUCCUCCGAGCUGGACCACUUCUCCGAUGAUACUUAUAGUUUCAGCUCCAGCACCAAGAAGACCAUGUCCGAUCUGCCCAACGACAUGCCCAAGUCUCUAGAGAAGACAGAAUCGUACAACUACAUGGAUAUAAGCCGCGGGGAUGAACGCCACGACCACAGCCUUGUGGACAUCGGAUUGACCGGGGGUGAUUCACUCAGCGGCUACAUGGACAACCCUGGAAGAGAUGAAGAGGAAGAAGAAGAGAAUUUAGGUCCAGCCCUGGGUUCCCACUCUUUCCCCUAUGUGGAAGAACCAUCUGAUGAGGAGUUGUCUGACUACCGUUCUUACCGCAACCUGGGUGGAACUCCACAGUCGGCAAGUCCCGUGAAGAUCACCUUGACCCAGUCGCAUCCUCCAGCGGCCAAAGCGGAGCCUCAGCAGCGCCCCCCUGCAGUCAGUGGGCCUGAUCGAGAAAAUGUGCUUAGUGUGGGCCUACAAGGGGUCCCCACUGUGACCUUGUCAGAACCAGAGGAUGAAAGCCCAGCUUCCACCCCCAAUGUUUCACCUACACAAAAAGACUUCACUUCCCGUGACGUGUUCAAGGCCGACGCAGUGAAGCCUGCAGCUCCCAAAGGUAGUCCAGGUCCACAGGCGGGCUACAGGGACCAAGAGGGCAGCAGUGCCGAGUCGGGAGACUCUGAGAUCGAGCUGGUGUCCGAAGAUCUUCCCAAGGCUAGUAGCAACCCGUUUGCCGAAGCACCUAAAACCAAGGGCACCUUCAACCAGUCUAGCGGCACCUUCGACAACUCCCCAGUACCCAAGGUUGGUUUCGGCCUACCUGGCAACCACGCUACACCUGCAGCUUACAGCAUUCUACGUGAGGAGAGAGAGGCGGAGCUUGAUAGCGAUCUCUUCAUUGAGUCUGCAUCAGAGGAGAGCCCGAAGAGAGAGCAGGGCGUUGGAGGCCCCAAACAGGCAGCCGUGAGCGCUCCGUCUCCCCUGGUUCCCAGUGCACCUCCUGCCCGCAGCGCCCCCGUGGGGGUGCCGGCUGAGCCCCCCGUCUCAGAAAAGGCCAACACCCAAGUCAAAGCAGAGGAAGACCGCGUGAGCAAGCCCAAGCCUCCCACUGCUGCUGUUCCCCCUGAGGUGCGUUCAGAGAGGUCCAGUCAGGAGAACACAAAUGAAGGAAAAGUGGAUCUUGGGAAGAUGGCCGCUUCCUUCCUCCUGGAAGGUUUGAACAAAGAAAAGGCUAUUGACCUGCUCUACUGGAGGAAUGUGAAGCAGUCGGGAGCCGUGUUCAGCAGCGUGCUCCUGCUCCUCUUCUCCCUGACCCAGUUCAGCGUGGUCAGCGUCGGCGCCUACUUAGCCCUGGCUGCCCUCUCUGCUACCAUCAGCUUCCGUAUCUACAAAUCUGUGCUCCAGGCCGUGCAGAAAACCGAUGAGGGGCAUCCUUUCAAAGCCUACCUGGAGAUGGAGAUCUCUCUAUCCCAGGACCAAAUAGGCAAAUAUGCAGACAAAAUCCUUCUCUACACUAACACCUGCAUGAGGGAGCUCCGCCGGCUUUUCCUUGUUCAAGAUCUGAUCGACUCGUUGAAGUUUGCCGUCCUGAUGUGGCUACUGACAUACGUAGGCGCCCUCUUCAACGGCCUGACAUUGCUCAUCCUAGCUGUGGUCUCCAUGUUCACCAUGCCUGUGGUCUAUGAGAAACAUCAGGCACAGAUCGAUCAAUAUGUGGGACUAAUACGGACCCAUGUCAACUCUGUGGUGGGAAAGAUCCAAGCAAAGAUCCCCGGGGCCAAGAGAAAGGAGGAAUAAGACCUCAGUUGUCCCAUGGAAGAGGCUCACUCACCCUUAAAAGAGCCCGGUCACCGUCACGUGGGGGUGUCAUGCUUUUGUCAUCUUGGUGUUCUCUAAAAGCAUCCACUGGAGAAGCCUUCACCCUGUCUAUAGCAAUGUAGACACUAACACACAACACACCAUCACACGUACAUAAACGCCACUAGGUAGACAAGUUCACAACUCGAAAAAACUUAAAGAGAAAAAGACGUUUUUUUGUGUUGCUUAUUCUAAAAGUGCAUGAAGUCGAGCCUUGGGUAAAUAUUUGAUAUCUUUUGUGACGUUUUUUGGGGAAAAAACACGCUACAUUUUUGCUUUGCAGUGCUUACCACAAACUGUACGGUGUGGCACAAAAAAAAAAAAAAAAAAAAAGAAAUAAUAAAAGCUUAAGUGGCCACAGUCUUGCUCUGCUGCCAAUGUUCGCUGCUUCAUGUUCAAGUAAGCAGAUGGAGCUUCUCUCAGUAUAUGUCUAUAUAAAAUGAUCAACAAUGAUUUCCUUUUGGUGUUUCCAAGCACAAAGUCAUUUCAAAAUAUGCGUCUUAGAUGUGGUAUUUGUAGGGUCUUUGCUUUUGUAUACCAAUAAGGAACAAUACACACACACUCAUGUUAUGGGUACUGUUGUACAAUUACUAUGAAGACAAGAAGUAUCGGGUGAUAUUAAGCUUGUUUAAAUAACUGUCCAACUUUGUACUAUGUUCUACUAUACUCUGUAGUUCUCUAGACCCUGGACUCUUAACUAUUUGCACUUACACUAUGUAUUUAAUUACAAGACUAAGAAAAAUAAAUGUACCUUGAUGGAUACCA